AUGAGUUCAUCGCAAGAAACUGUCGAUGAAUGUCUUAUUCCCACAACACUUGAAGCCAUCUUUGAUGGAUCAUCUUCUAUUCCGAAUAUAACCCAGGAACAGAUGGAAAUUUUCCGCGAAAUCAUUGAUACAUGUCUGAAUCGCUCGGAGGAGAUUUGCAAGAAGGGUCAACGGAUCCUGGCUCAGGAUCCACGUGUUAAUGGAGUUAUGUUCUUGCUGGCUCCAUUUAUUGAGAAAACCAUUUUUUUAAAUGUUGCCGGCGAGAAUUUCAAGAUGCUCAUCAUGAUGAUACAAAUGCUACGAGCUUUGAUGAAGAAUAGAACAUUAAAUUUGGAAAAUACCAUAGGAUUUUUGAUACUUGGUCCCAUGAAUUGCCUGAUGAAUGAAAAAAUCUGCACCAAUCCCGGGGCCGUGGAUCACUGGGCAGUGAGGAUAUGUUCAAGUUCGAUUCUCUCGACAAUUGCAAAACGUUAUAGUUUUACCAAACCAUCGAUUAUUGAUAGUUUCAAAGAGGCUUUGAUGUCAGAAUCUUUGGAGAUCAUAUAUGGUGGCAUUAUUGGAUUAGGAGGAAUGGGUGAGGCAGCUAUACGUGAAUGGUUGUUACCCAAGUUGAAGGAUAUUGCAGAACGCAUUUUGCCUUAUUUGAACGAGGAGGAAGAGAUGACUAGCGUUAGUCUCAAGACUUUGGCCGCAAAUUAUAUACUCGAAGAGGUGUUCAAGAUCUGUGGACCAUUGAUGCCGAUAGAUGGAUAA